CUGCUCUUUGCAAAGAUUUGAAGCUGGGAAAGGGAUCUGCCAUGUCUAGAUCAUUUUACGUAGAUUCUUUAAUUAUUAAAGACACCAGUAGACCUGUUCCAGCGCUACCUGACCACCAUCACCACCACCACCACCACCAUCAUGGGCAAGACUUUCUUCUGCCCAUCAGCAUGCCUUCACCUACAGUCAUGUCUGUAUCAGCACCGGUGUGUCCUUCCAGGAAAAGUGGCAGCUUCUGUGUCUGUCCCAUCUGUGUCUCUUCUCACCUGCACACAUCCAGAACCAACAUCCCUUUACUCAAGAGCCAGUUCCCAACAGGAGACACCCAAUACUGCCAGCGAAUGAAUCAACUGCCAAGUCCAGCCAUGGCUCACCCGGCACACGCACCUGUCUGCAGUCCAACGUACAACGUUACGGAUCCAAGGAGAUUCCACUGCCUCUCAAUGGGGAGCCCUGAAAAUAGUCAAAUGCAAAAUGGCAAAAGAAUGAGGACAGCUUUUACCAGCAGUCAACUUCUGGAGCUGGAGAGGGAGUUCUCCUCCAACAUGUACCUCUCCAGGCUGAGAAGGAUUGAGAUAGCCACCUACCUGAGCUUAUCAGAGAAGCAGGUCAAGAUCUGGUUUCAGAACAGGAGGGUGAAACAUAAGAAAGAAAAUAAGGGUUCUCAGAGGAACACGCAUGGAGGAUGCAAGUGUGCUGGCAGCCAGGGACAUUACCCCAGAUCUGAGGAUGAAGACUCUCUAUCCCCAGCUUCCACCAGUGAGGACAAGGAAAUCUCCCCAUUAUAGACUGAUAGACUGCUCUACCCUUUCU